GAAGCUCCACCAGAUAAAUACGUUUUUUUUGACUUUCCACAGCUAUACCACCGACGUUCAUUGCCAGACACACACCAUACAUGCCUUGUUUCUGCAAGACCCAGUGUUGUACACUACCUAGCUCGGCGCAUCGUCCUAUUGUCUAUUCCCUACCAUCUCCGCUGCUUUGUUUGACACGCAUGCCCUCCUUUGACUUGAUUUCCUUGGCCGUCUCCUUCCAUAGCUGUUCUGUGCUGUUCUGUAUGGGCUCUGGCGCGAACAUCCCACCACCCUGUCAUCUUUCUCAUUCAUGGUCCGGUUUCUGGCGCAUAAAAAGAGCAAGGGGUUGAUUUAUUCUGUUGAUUGAUUGAUUUGAUUUGGCUGGGUUCAUGUUCCUACCGGGUGUUAGUGAGAGGAACUGCGUCGGGAAUGUCGGCGCGGCA